UACGUGGUAAAAAAAGUGGCGUGGAAGAAACAGCCCACAAGCCAGUUCUACACACAACGCUGACGUGUAACAUUCUUUGGACACAUUGCUUUUGCUUCACAUAUUGCCGGUAGUUGAAAAAUAUCAUUCACUAAAUCUAUAUUUUAAUAAAUAAAUAUGAAUCGAGGAAUCUGGUUCAUUUUGGGACUGUGUUUGGCAACAAAUGGAAUAUUGGCUGAAUCACCAGCUGAUAUUGAUGAUGGUGUUGUUGAAAAUGAAGAUGGUCCAGCUGAUACCGAGAGCAUAGAAAAUAUUGAUGUUAAUCAAUUUUUUAAAGAUGGAAAAAUACCAACUCAACAAGAACUAUCAAAAAUAUUAGAUUCAAUGAAAGGCUUAUCUGAUGAUGACAAAAAAAAUUUAAAACGUUCAUUUGCUGCUAAAGCACAAAUGAAAAAUAUUGAAGAUACUGAAGCACCACCAAAAACAACUAGUGGAUUUUUAUAUCAAACAAUGACACUUCUUGGAAUGCUCAGUAUCAUUGGCUGUAUUUUUAGUUUCUUUGGAUACAAACUGUACAAAAGUCUUGUUGAUAGAGAACUUAAACGUGAAAUGAAAAGAAAACUAAAAGAAUCAAAAAAAAAGAAAUAAUUGUUGAUGAUAAUAUAUUUUUCAUAAUUUUUUUUUUUUCCAUUAUUAUAUAUACCAUCUUGUUAAAUAUUUUUAUACAAUUUUUUUUUUUUUUAUGAUAUUAAAGAGUACUUCUUUUUUGCUGAAAAUUUAAUAUACAA